AUGGCGAGCCAGCAGGUUCCGCAGGUGCCACAUGGUGGACAGGCACAAGCUGAGAGAGAGCAGAAGCAGCAGGAGGGCGUGUCAUGGGCUGAGCGUGUGAAGGGAAUCAUGGAAAAAGGCUCCACGGAGGAAAGGCCCACUGAGCGUAAGAGCACGGCUGAAACAAGCGAGAGUAAAAGCGUGGAGGAAGAGAGGGCCAAGCAGGCUAAAGAGCAUCAUGCAGUAGCUUCAGCGAAGCGUGCUGGUGAGCAUCAGGCAGCCGCUUCAACCAAGCGUGAGGAGGCUAAAAAGGAGGCGCAGCAGGCGGGUAGCCAGGUGACAAGGACCACCAAGAAAGCAGGCGAGGCAACUGUGGAGAAGGGACAUCAGUUGACGGAGAAGGCCAAGGAAGGGCUCGCGUCAGGGACAGAGACGGUGACUAAGAAGUCUGAGGAGCUGACUGAAAGGGCGAAGGAGAGCCUGGGAGAGACUGCAGAGAUGCUCAAGUCCAGCUUUGGUAAGGGACAGGAGGAGGUUCAGGAGGGAGAGACUGGUAUAGGUAAAGGAGUGGAUGUGAAGGGGAAGGAAGAGGCUGCUGCUGUUUUGGAAGCGUCUUCAAAGCGGUUGGGUCAGUUGGCAGAGGUUAUGAAGGAAAAGGGUUUGGAGGCUGAGCAUGUGGUGGAGGGGUCAGCCAGCAAAAUAUAUUCCGACAUUAAGCAUGCGAUGGAGAAACUGUCAUUCGUGGGAGAAGAAGGCAAGACUGGUGGUGAUGUUGAACUGAAGGGAGCGGAGGAGACUGGUGAGGGAGUGAAGGCAGCAGCAGCAGACGUGCACGAAGCAGUGAAGACCACGCAGGGUGUUACUCAAACUGUUGUGGUUGGUGCUGCUGAGGUGCUUAUUGCUGCUGGCGAUGCUGUAACUGAUGCUGCUAAGGCACUUGGAUCAAGUUUGCAGUCACUGGUGCAAUCAUAUGAGAAAGGCGCAGCUCCAUCUACCUCUGCAGACAAGUCUGUCCCCACAAGCACCACUACCAAGACGGAGGAACAGAAGGAGAGUGGUGCAGGUCCUGAGACACAAUGGAGAUCAGAAAUGGCGGCCACGCAGGAGUCGGUGUGUAGGCGCUGCAGAACGCUGUUUAAGCGGGAAGAAAACAGCCAAGAGGCGUGCAGAUUCCACCCCAAGAUGUUUGUGAGCCGCAAGCAUGACGAUCAAAAGAGGUACUACGAGUUGAAGGACGGCGAUCCGGAGUACCCUGCUCGUUUCUACGACUGCUGUGGUGCUGAGGAUCCCAGUGCGCCUGGAUGCACCACCGCAUGCCACGUGUCGUAUGAUGAUUGA